AUGUUAUGGCGCUGAUUUGUUGCGUCUGCGGUGAUCCCACUUGAUCCCAUCUCCUCUCUCUUUUACCAUCCCCGCUGGGUUCUUCCUAGUGCCGACAAUCUAAAAGCAAAAAAGCUAAAUUGAUCUACAGAAUGAUUCCACUUCUUUAGCUUGGUGGCCACUUACAAGCCUACCUCCCCUUUAAACCGUUCCAUUUUCUGUGGAAGCUGAAGUAAAUGCUGAACUUGGAGGUAGUGAUAGUGAGCGGUAGCUUAAAAGCUCUGCAAUCCAAGUUCGUUCUUUUUGUUUCUUGACGCAGAAAGAGGUAACUCUUUUUUUUUUUAUUUUUCUGUUUCCUCGCCCGCACUCGUCUUUCAGUCUCUUGAAGAAGAGGAGGCUUAUUGGAUUCUUGAUUGUGGAAAUCCAUAUUAUGGCCGCAAUUACUAGUGCGCUCUGAUAGGCUAUAUGUAUGGCCAGAGGUAAAUGUUGGCUAUUAGCUGAGAUUUGGAGAGAAGCUGGUGGUUUUGCCCUUUUUCUGCUGAAUUUGCAGACCGUUGGAUUUGGGGUUUAUUUUCGAGGAAGACGUAUAACACAUGAUCUGGUAGUCGGAAUUCUUGCUAACUACGUAUAAUUGCUUUUGCGGCGAGCUUAGCUCUCUGGUCAAAGAAAAAUGGAUUAAUAGUUUUGAUAUCUGGCCAUCUCAAACAUAAGUGCUAAGUUUGUGAUUUGGAUGCGAGAAGUCGCUUGAUCGAUUGAGAAAAUUCACGGGAAAAUCUUGAAAACUAUAGGAUGGAGAAGCAGCCUAGCUUGCGGCUAGGUCCUCUAGAGAGGUUGCAGAGCUUUAAGUUUGGUGGCAUGGAAAAGCAACGGAGCUUUAAGUUUGGGUCAAUGGAAAAGCAGAAGAGCUUUAUUGAAAGGAGGAUCAAGGAUAGCCCAGGUAAACGAGGGGAUACGACGCUUCAUCUAGCUGCAAGGGCUGGCAAUCCAGUUCAUGUUCAACGAAUUAUUUCGGAAUGCAGUGGUAUUCAAUUGCAAGAUUUGAUUUCAAAGCAGAAUCAGGAUGGGGAGACGGCACUAUAUGUUGCCUCCGAGAAAGGGCAUGCUGAGGUGGUGAGAGAGAUUUUGAAGGCAUCUGAUGUCCAGUCUGCUGCCAUUAAGGCCAGCAACAGCUUCGAUGCUUUUCAUGUUGCUGCUAAGCAAGGCCAUCUCGGGGUGCUCAAAGAACUACUGCAGUCCUUCCCCUCAUUAGCUAUGACAACGAGUUCAUCAAAUGCUACUGCACUAGAUUCUGCAGCAACUCAAGGACACGUUGAUAUAGUCAAUCUUCUCUUAGAAACAGACGCAAGUCUUGCCAAGAUUGCACGUAAUAAUGGCAAAACUGUUCUUCAUUCAGCAGCCAGGAUGGGACAUGUUGAUGUGGUGAGGUCACUCUUGACUAAAGACCCCGACAUUGGCUUGAGGACAGACAAGAAGGGGCAGACUGCUUUUCACAUGGCCGCCAAGGGAAAUAAUGUGGGGAUUGUCCUCGAACUGUUGAAGCCUGAUUCAUCCAUUGUCAAUGUGGAAGAUAAUAAAGGAAACACAUCGCUGCAUAUUGCGACUAGAAAAGGUCGUUCUGAGAUUGUGCAAACUCUGUUAUCAGUUGAAGGUAUCAAAAUCAAUGCACUCAACAGAGCUGGUGAAACUGCCCUUGCCAUUGCAGAAAAAAGUGGCUUGGAAGAAAUUGCUGCUACCUUGAGGGAAGCUGGUGCCGUGGCUUCCAUAGAGCAGAACAACCACAUAAGCCCAGCAAAACAGUUAAAACAGACGGUCAGUGACAUCAGGCAUGAUGUCCAGUCCCAGCUGAAGCAGACCCGACAGACCGAGAUGCGGGUCCAAAACAUCAGGAAGCGGCUCCGGAAGCUUCAUAGUGGUGGCCUUAAUAAUGCCAUCAACUCCAAUACUGUAGUUGCUGUACUGAUUGCCACAGUUGCCUUUGCUGCCAUCUUCACCGUACCAGGGCAGUUUGUACAAGAUCCAGCCCCGGAUGGGCUUACCCUUGGUCAGGCCAAUAUUGCUAACAAUGCAGCCUUCAUCAUCUUCCUUGUAUUUGAUUCCCUCGCACUCUUCAUAUCUCUUGCUGUUGUUGUUGCCCAAACAUCCUUGAUAGUUGUUGAGCAAAAGGCCAAGAAACUUAUGGUGUUUAUCGUAAACAAAUUGAUGUGGGCUGCAUGCCUUUUUAUUUCAAUUUCCUUCAUCUCCCUCACCUACAUUGUCGUAGGCCGCAAGGACUGGUGGUUGGCAUGGUGCACCAUGGCCAUAGGUGCUUCAAUUAUGCUCACCACAAUAGGGUCAAUGUGCUACUUCAUUGUACUCCACCGAAUGGAGGAGAAGAGCUUGAGAAGCAUCAGUAGGGGCUCAGGUAGCAGAUCCAGGUCUUGGUCUCUAUCAGUGCCAUCCGACUCCGAGCUGCUGAACACCGAGUACAAGAAGAUGUAUGCCAUUUAGAUUCACACAACUUUUUAUCGCAUGUAAAUGUUUGUUUUAGACUAUAGUAUAUUUGUAAGCCAUUAUUGGCAUUUUAAGCUGAGGUGGAACCAAUUUGUAUGAUCAUGAAAGAGGUUAGAAUUUGUGGGUGUUAAUGAAGGCCAUUAACAUCCAGACAGACUGAAUGGUUGCUCUCUUUUUGUCAA